GAUUAACUCCAGUUCCAGGCCAUCAUGGCGGCAGAAGGGCACCCCGGCAGUUUCUCCAGGGCCCACCCCAGUAAGUCCCCUUCCAGGAAGGUCUGUGAGACAGGUAUCAGCAAUUCCAGAAUGUGGCGGCUGGCAAGCCUCUUACUGUUCCUGACCAUCUGGAGAAUUUCCAGCACACCAGUUACUCCUGUCUCAGUAUUCUCCAGUAGCGAGCGGGCCCACCAGGUGCUACGGAUAAACAAACGCGCCAACUCCUUCCUGGAGGAGCUCCGGGCCAGCAACCUGGAACGGGAGUGCUUGGAGGAGAUCUGUGACUUCGAGGAGGCCCAGGAGAUUUUCCAAAAUGUGGAUAACACACUGGCAUUCUGGUCCAAGUACCACGAUGGCGACCAGUGCAAGGUCCAGCCUCCUGAGCACCCUUGCGACAGCCCGUGCUGCGGUCACGGCAAGUGCACCGAUGGCAUCGGUGGCUUCAGUUGCGAAUGCAGCCAGGGCUGGGAGGGCCGCUUCUGCCAGAAAGAAGUGCAUUUCUCCAACUGCUCGGUGGACAAUGGCGGCUGUGCGCAUUAUUGCCUGGAGGAGAAGGGCAAGCGCUACUGUAGCUGUGCGGAAGGCUACGGGCUAGGGGACGACCACCUGCAGUGUGAGCCCAAGGUGAAAUUCCCAUGUGGAAGGCCCUGGAAACCAAUGGAGAAGAAAAGCAAGAUCUUGAAAUGCUGCACAGACCAAGUAGACCAAGUAGAUCCACGGCUCAUCAACGGGAAGUUGACCCUGCAGGGAGAGAGCCCCUGGCAGGUGAUCCUUCUGGACUCAAAGAAGAAGCUGGCCUGUGGGGCAGUGCUGAUCCAUACUUCCUGGGUGCUGACAGCAGCUCACUGCAUGGAAAACUCCCAGAAGCUCAUCGUCAGGCUUGGAGAAUAUGACCUACGGCGCAGGGAGAAGUGGGAGGUGGAUCUAGACAUAAAGGAGGUCUUCAUGCACCCCAACUACAGCAGGAGCACCACCGACAAUGACAUUGCUCUGCUUCAUCUCUCCCGGCCUGCCACCCUCUCACAGACCAUUGUGCCCAUCUGCCUCCCUGACAGUGGCCUCUCAGAGCGUGAGCUCACCAGGGUCGGCCAGGAGACAGUGGUGACUGGCUGGGGCUACCGCAGUGAGACCAAGAGAAACCUCACCUUCAUCCUCAGCUUCAUUAAGAUUCCAGUGGCCCCUCACAAUGACUGCAUCCAAGUCAUGCACAAUAUGGUCUCUGAGAACAUGUUAUGUGCAGGCAUCCUUGGAGACCCACGGGAUGCCUGCGAAGGUGACAGUGGGGGACCAAUGGUUGUCUCCUUCCAUGGCACCUGGUUCCUGGUGGGCCUGGUGAGCUGGGGUGAGGGCUGUGGGCGCCUCCACAACUAUGGCAUUUACACCAAAGUCAGCCCUUACCUCAACUGGAUCUAUAGUCACAUCAGAGCUGAGGAGGCCUCCCUCAACAGCCAGGUGCCCUAACGUCCCUCCCACUAUGUCUGUAUCCCAGAUGCCACUCUGGAAUGGGAUCUGGCUAUUGAAUGUCAAUAUAUGUGACAUUAAAGGGUCAUGCAACAAGCACACCAGCUGCUG